GAAGGUUCUAGAAAAGCGGCGGCAGCGGCUCUAGCGGCAGUAGCAGCAGCGCCGGGUCUGGAGUGGAGGUGCUCCAGCGGUGUUGUUUCUCGAGCAGCGGCAGUUCUCACUACAGCGCCAGGACGAGUCCGGUUCGUGUUCGUCCGCGGAGAUCUCUCUCAUCUCGCUCGGCUGCGGGAAAUCGGGCUGAAGCGACUGAGUCCGCGAUGGAGAGAGAAAAGGAACAAUUCCGUAAACUCUUUAUUGGUGGCUUGAGCUUUGAAACUACAGAAGAAAGUUUGAGGAACUACUACGAGCAAUGGGGAAAACUUACAGAUUGUGUGGUAAUGAGGGAUCCUGCAAGCAAAAGAUCAAGAGGAUUUGGUUUUGUGACUUUUUCUUCCAUGGCUGAAGUUGAUGCUGCCAUGGCUGCAAGACCUCAUUCAAUUGAUGGGAGAGUGGUUGAGCCAAAACGUGCUGUUGCAAGAGAGGAAUCUGGAAAGCCAGGGGCUCAUGUAACUGUGAAGAAGCUGUUUGUUGGUGGAAUUAAGGAAGAUACUGAGGAACAUCAUCUUAGAGAUUACUUUGAGGAAUAUGGAAAAAUUGAUACCAUUGAGAUAAUUACUGACAGGCAGUCUGGAAAGAAAAGAGGCUUUGGAUUUGUUACUUUUGAUGACCAUGAUCCUGUGGAUAAGAUUGUGUUGCAAAAAUACCAUACUAUCAAUGGUCAUAAUGCAGAAGUAAGAAAGGCUUUGUCUAGACAAGAAAUGCAAGAAGUCCAAAGUUCUAGAAGUGGAAGAGGAGGCAACUUUGGUUUUGGAGAUUCUCGUGGUGGCGGCGGAAAUUUUGGACCAGGACCAGGAAGUAACUUUAGAGGAGGAUCUGAUGGAUAUGGAAGUGGCCGUGGAUUUGGGGAUGGCUAUAAUGGGUAUGGAGGAGGACCUGGAGGUGGCAAUUUUGGAGGUAGCCCUGGUUAUGGAGGAGGAAGAGGAGGAUAUGGUGGUGGAGGACCUGGAUAUGGCAACCAGGGUGGGGGCUACGGAGGUGGUUAUGACAACUAUGGAGGAGGAAAUUACGGGAGUGGAAACUACAAUGAUUUUGGGAAUUACAACCAACAACCUUCUAACUAUGGUCCAAUGAAGAGUGGAAAUUUUGGUGGUAGCAGGAACAUGGGGGGACCAUAUGGUGGAGGAAACUAUGGUCCAGGAGGCAGUGGAGGAAGUGGGGGUUAUGGAGGGAGAAGCAGAUACUGAGCUUCUUCCUAUUUACCAUGGGCUUCACUGUAUAAAUAGGAGAGGAUGAGAGCCCAGAGGUAACAGAACAGCUUCAGGUUAUCGAAAUAACAAUGUUAAGGAAAAUCUUAUCUCAGUCAUGCAUAAAUAUGCAGUGAUAUGGCAGAAGACACCAGAGCAGAUGCAGAGAGCCAUUUUGUGAAUGGAUUGGAUUAUUUAAUAACAUUACCUUACUGUGGAGGAAGGAUUGUAAAAAAAAAUGCCUUUGAGACAGUUUCUUAGCUUUUUAAUUGUUGUUUCUUUCUAGUGGUCUUUGUAAGAGUGUAGAAGCAUUCCUUCUUUGAUAAUGUUAAAUUUGUAAGUUUCAGGUGACAUGUGAAACCUUUUUUAAGAUUUUUCUCAAAGUUUUGAAAAGCUAUUAGCCAGGAUCAUGGUGUAAUAAGACAUAACGUUUUUCCUUUAAAAAAAUUUAAGUGCGUGUGUAGAGUUAAGAAGCUGUUGUACAUUUAUGAUUUAAUAAAAUAAUUCUAAAGGAAA